AUGGCGCCUCUGGACGAUGUCCAGACCGGGGACACGGUGAAUGUCCCCGGAGGAAUGUAUGGAACGGUUAAAUACUUGGGAACUGUCGCCGGUAAACCAGGCAAGUUUGCUGGGAUUGAACUGGCGCCGGAACAUGCCAGACGAGGGAAGAACAGUGGCGAUGUGGAAGGCAGAAAGUACUUUUCGACGUCCAACCCGGGGUCUGGUAUUUUUGUGCCGAUGAACAAUAGCAAAUAUGUCACCAAACGAGCCUUCUCUGCUAGUGUAGCGGGCGGCGUCCCGCCAACACCAACACGGCCCGCCGUCAACUUCAGCAAGUCCGUCGGUCCCAGUCCCGCUACGCGUCGUCCACAGGUGAGGCGUCCUUCUUUGCCUCGUCCAGAAUCCCCGCAAAGACAAGCCCCGACCCCGUCCAAGUUGAGUCUGAACGGACUGCGCACACCGUCCGGCACCGCACGCCCUGUUCCCAGUCCCAAUGGCUUCCCCCGCAGUCCGAUUAAACCCCCGUCGCGGAUGUCCGAAAGACCACCCUCUCGCGUCAGUACAGAAGAUGACGUCUCCUCUGUCUCUGUGAGAACCUCGGAUAUGCACCAGCGGGAUUCUAUGUCUACGGAGAUACAAGAUUUGAAAGAUAAUGUGAAGAGCUUGGAGAAACAACUACUGGAGCGAGACCAGCAGCUUGGUGAGCAGUCGGGUCUGCUGUCUGAGUUCCAAAGCACCUUAGAAGAAUUGGAAGGAUCGGACGGUCUCUCGAUCCGUAAUCAACUGCGCGAGAAGAACGAGAGGAUUGCGCAAUUGACACAAGAAUUCGAUCUGCACCGGGCGGAUUUCCGCAGCACCCUUGACACGUUGGAAAUUGCCGCUUCUGAGACAGAGCGGGUCUACGAGCAGCGUCUCGAAGAAUUACUGCAACAACAUAGAGAACUGCAGGAACGUGACGAGGACGUCGAAGUCGUUGCGCAACAGCUGAAGCAGUUGGAAGAACUGGUAUCUGAAUUGGAGGAGGGUCUUGAGGAUGCAAGGCGUGGGGAGGCCGAAGCAAGGGCCGAGGUUGAAUUCUUGCGAGGUGAGGUGGAGCGGACCAAGCUUGAGCUGGACAAGGAGCGCGGGAACUCUUCAGGAACGCACAGCGCGCAACCACCAGCAAAUGGAUCUUGGCCUUCCAAGGAACUGGACCAGAAGGAUGACGAGAUUCGCGGUCUUAAAGCCAUCAUCCACUCGUUGAGCAGAGGCGAUCCCAACCUGUCGGCUUUGCAACUGAAUGGCGGUGCGUCGCAGGACCCGGGGCAUCUCGCGACCCUGGAACAGCGUCUUCAAGAGUAUGAGGACAUGGAUGACAAGAAGACCUCCCGUCUCGAAGAAUUGGAGCACGAGCUCCACCAACUGGAGCUGGAUGAAAACAGCCAUGCUCGCAGUGGAACGAUUACGGCCGCACCUCAGGCACAGCACCAACCCUCCAGUUCCACCGGAAACAUUGGAAUUGCGAACACUGUGAACCACGCUCAUCGUCUUUCUGACCGCACAGUGGUGCCCAAUGAGUCCCAAAACCAUGACGGCCAGCAUCCCUUCUACGCUCACCACCGCACUGCUUCUGAGAGCUCCCGUCGCCAUUUGGAGACCAUGCACGAGUCUGAUACUGAUACCCAGUCAGAUGACGGCAGUGCAUUAUGGUGCGAGAUCUGCGAGGCCAACGGCCACGACAUUCUGAGUUGCACCAGCAUGUUCGGUAACAACGCCAAAAAGACCCCAGCACCGAAACAACAACCCUCCGAAAACGAAAAGCCAGCCGAGAAUGAGAACAAGCCUACGCCAGAAUCUUCUGGUGCAGAGGAUUCGGAAACUUCCAGCCUUUCAAACAGCAUCAGCAGCCAUGGUGAACCCACCGGUCCCCAGAAGACCGGCCGCGACGCUGUCCUGGAAGGACUGAAGGGAAUCAGCGGCGGAAUGAACUCGUCCCUGUCAGCUGUUGCGGGUAAGUCGUCCGGGGUGAUUGAUGGGUCGAAGUGGUGUGCUCUUUGUGAGCGAGAUGGACACGAAAGUAUCGAUUGUCCUUUUGAUGACUAG